AUGACCGGUACAGAUGGCUCUCCAAUGCAUCUUUCUGAUCCGGCGCCUCCAAUGGUGCACACAGUGAGGGGAGUGAUUGGCGCAUUCGGUCUUCUCACCCUGAUUGUUUGCUGUCUUAGACUCUACCUUCGAGGAUUUAUCAUGCACGCUCUCGGUCUGGAUGACUGUCUUGUUCUUCUUGCCCUGGUAUGUACAACUUUCACACAGGAUGAAGAUGAACCCGCUCUUAACCGCACUGAGCAGUCCAUGGUCCUUGUGUUCGCGGCCCUCUCCAUCAUUCUUACAACGUACGGAAUUGGCUACCAUCAGGAUACUGUUCCUACUGCAGAUAUGAUCAUGACGGAGAAGGUUAGUGCCUUUUCUGUCCUUCUAUUCUAUAGACGCUGA